AUGUGGAAUGACGAAGAGGACAACAACCCUUACGGGACCAGCUUCGACCGCCGAGACUCGCAAACGUCAUCCUCGGUGAACCCUACUUCUCCGACCAGGCGCGACUUCAAUUCUUACGAAUCUGCCGCAACACCAGAAGCUAGCGAUGAUGAGGCGCCUGCGUUUGGUCAAGGCGCUGCGAGCGCCGACCUCGAUACUGCAGAUACCACUCAGGACGACGCGCCUCCCAAGCGUAAGCCCGGAGGGUAUACUAGUCGCAUCGAGCAGAUCCUCUAUGAAAAUCCCAACAUGCAAAUUAUCAUAACAGACGCUGGCAAGAGCCUGGAAAGUGGUGGUCGACACAUUGUCUAUACCAUUCGUACCGGAGACCUCGAAGUUCGCCGAAGAUACUCGGAAUUCGCCUCGCUCAGAGAUGCUCUCACCCGUCUGCAUCCGACCCUCGUAAUUCCUCCGAUCCCCGAAAAGCACACCAUGGCGGAUUAUGCGGCGCACCCCACGAGCGCAAAGCAAGAUCAGCAGAUUAUUGAUCUGCGAAAGCGCAUGCUUGCUGUCUUUCUAAACCGCUGCCGUCGCAUGGAACUCGUCCGCAACGACGGUGUUUGGCAAAGAUUUCUCGAUCCAAAUGCAAGCUGGAGCGAGGUACUCAACUCUCAUCCGAUUUCAUCCAUUCCCAAGAAUGUUCUCAAAGCACCUCCUUUGGAUCCGGCCAACCCUACUGCUGGGCAUCUGUAUCUUCCCGUCCCCGCGUCUUCCGCCAAGAUUCGAACCGCUUCUGGUGGGAAUUCGUCUCUGAGCUCCUCUGUCAUCCAAGGCGGCGCCAACACUAUUGGCAGAUUCCCCAGCGAUGCCACAAACCUAAGUGAGCAGGAGCUUGACCCAUACUUUACGACAUACGAAGCAUCCAUCAAAGAACUCGAAACUUUGUUGACAGGUCCGAUGGAAAAGGUCAAUCGUCGAACUCUGAGCCACCUCUCAUCUUUGGCCACGGAUCUUUGUGAAUUGGGCUCUAGAUACAACGCUUUUGCUCUCUCUGAGCAGGCCCCCUCUCUUGGGCCUGCGAUUGAGAAGAUUGGCCAGGCUGCUGAUUCGUCUUACAUAGCUACAGAAGAGCUUGCUAGCUCACUCGGCGCUAGCUUCGCUGAGCCUAUGAGGGAGAAUGCCCAGUUCGCUGGUGUCGUCAGAAGUGUUGUGAGGUAUCGGGUGCUGAAGCGCGUGCAGCAGGACCUGACUGAAGAGGAGCUUGAGAAGAAGAGAACACUGCUCGAUCAAUUGGAGCGCAGUGAAUCAGAAGCUCGCCGCAUUGAGCAGUAUCUUUCGAGUAGCCAACAACUUUCCUCACCUCCGAGACGCUCUACCAGCCUCCGAGAACCUCCAACGUACCAGAGACGCGAGGGUCAUCAGGAGGAUACCGAAUCUAUCGACUCUGAUUUCCCACCGACCCAUGGUGAAUUUCCAUCGAGCACGCCAGAGGCUGGCCAAGGCGUCCCGGAGAGAAGCACCAGUGUCUCGCACAAAAAAGCGCCCAGCAGCAACUCUAUUACCAAUAGAAUCUUUGGUCCUCUCCGCCAUGCUGUGCAAGGUGUAGUUGACGUUGAUCCUGAGCGCACGCGCCGUGACACGAUUGGAAAGACUAGAGAGUCUAUCGGCCAGCUUGAGCAAGCUCAGGUGGUCUCCGAGAAGGAUGUCAAAGAAGCUAGUGCCAGCGUCUUCAAAGAUCUGCGGAGAUUUCAACAUGACAAGGAGGAAGACGUACGCCGCUACAUGCUUGCCUAUGCCAAAAGUCAGGUGGAGUGGGCCAGAAAGAGCAAGCAACAGUGGGAGGAAGCUCGACUCGAGGUCGACAAGAUUGAUGAAAGUUAA